GGUACGGCAGCACACACGCGAGCCUGCAUGUGACCAGACCCACGGCUAUAUUUAUAACAGAGCAGGACAGGGCAGAGGCCCCCUACUCCCACAUGCAAGGGCAGUGGGAACACUGGGGACACUGCCAUGCCAACCCUGUGCCAGUGCUCAAGCAAUUGGGAAGUAUGACUUACAGCUAAAGAUGCUGGAUAACACCGUGUAAACUUGGCCCUCAUGGAUGAUCUAGACCACAGUGUUCUUAUAGCAGAGCGAGACUGGGACAGUUUUUAUGAGGAGAGUGAGGAAUGCUCUCUUCAGCAGGCAAGGCUUGCAGGUCUGGAUGACUCAGGCCUCAGUGACACAGACGAUGAAUAUAAUUCCACACAAGAGUCUGCUCUUCCUCAUCAGACAGACACUGGGAAACCCAACGAGGAACAUGGUGCUGCAUCAUCACAAGCACUCAGUGCAGCACACGAGGACUGUGAAGUAGGAAAACCAUCAGAGGAACGCUUUUGCUAUGAAGCAGAGUUACAGGCAACUGCACAGAUUAGUUUAAAUCAUAGUGCCUCCACAUGUGCAAACUUCACUUCAGACAGAGGUGUUAUCGACAUCCCUCCUGAUGGCCUGACAGACAAUGCCUCAGAUACAAACAACUUCAAAGAGCACAAUCAAAGUCAAAGUGAGGAUAAGUUCAGUCAAGUCAAGGAAGAGCCAAUCACAAUCAAUUCUUUAUUGUGUACCCAGAAUUCUGAGCAUGCUGGUACUGCAGAAGGAGAAACUGUCACAAAAGUGAUGGAGAUUUCGCCAACUCCGCAAAAAGAGAAGGAAAGGUGGUUUGUCACAGUGAAUGACAGUCCAGUCCAGCAAAGUGGAUCCUCCGGCACUUCUGGCCAAAAAAAAAGAAGAAAAAAAAAAACUUCAAGGAAACUGAGCCAACUAAGCAUAGCUACAGGAGGGCAGCAGUGUCCUCACUCAAGUAACAAAAAAGAAGCAGAAAGGAAAAAGAAUAAAAAAGGACAAAAAGUCCAGAAUGACUUUAAGGAGCCUAUUCACAGAAGUUCAGAAUAUUUAAAUUUCAAUACAUUUCCAGAUAAUGUAAAUGAAGACGCAGCAUCCGUUUUAACUACUACUCAACGUGUCGAUUUAGCAAUUGCAAAAGAGCCCUUAGAGUCUUCUAUUCCAAAUAACAUAGAUGAAAAAUUCUCCUUUAGCUCCAGGAGUAAUGACAAUAAAAUAGAUGUUCCUACAGAAAACCCAGAAAACAAUCCCUCGACAAAUCCCUCUCUAAAUUCUCAACCAUCAUCACUUAUCAUAAAUACUUCACAACUGCAAGCUAAUAUUCAACAGGUUCCACGUCCCACAACACAAUUAGCUGACAACCAAAGCACAUUUAUGGGUCUGGCCAACAACUCCACAAGUAACACAGAUAUCACCACUCCAAAUCAGCAACCAAUGAGCAACGAUUCAAAUGAUGUCAACGAUGACCCACAUAAAAACUGCUCACAAAUCAUUUUUAGGGUCUCUUCAACUAUUAGUUCGUCAGAUGAGCAACAUGAGAAUCAAGAGUAUUCAGCACAAUGUAAUGAAGAAGAAAAUAUGUCCUCCUCCCUCCAGGAUGCACAGAACGAGGAACAUCAGGGGCCACCAAAUCAAAGUCUGAAAGCAGCUGAAGGUCCAUCUCGUCCAAUAUACGCCCUUUCGUCUUUCUGGGAUGAAAUGGAAAAGUUGACAAUAAAUGAUAUUUUACAUCUUAGAGUAGCUAACAGCUGUCCAGCUCUCCAUGACAAUCCUGCCCGACUUCUAGACACAGCUCUCCUGGACUCUAAGGAUACUGAUCUACAGGACAGUAUCUUGGUGGACGACAGUGCAGACUCUGACUAUUUCACACAUGUGGAUGACUCUAAACCAGACCGUUCCAGUUGUGAAUUCUCAACUCUGUCCGAUUUUGACGAGGAGUUCCUCCAAAUAAUAAGCACAGGUGCAUCCCCCAGCCCUGAACCUCAGUCUCUGAAGCAGAGUGAAAGUUUUUCAGAGUCCAUCUACACAUCAGAGCUCUUAACAGAGCAAGACCUUGGUCUAACCACAGUGAACCAUGAAAGUCAAUCAGAAGACAUUAUAAUGCUGUGUCCUCAGGAUGGGUUGCCACUUUACCUGUAUCCAGCUACAGAUGUCCAGAACAUAUAUCUUGAACACAAGCCUGAGUGCUGCGAGAAUCCUUUUGAACUGGAAGUCAUAAGAAAAACACCUUCACUAGUUUUGUCAGUUGAUGAUAUUCUAGAUGAUCAGUGCCUGAUGCAGUUCUCUGAUGGAGAAGUGUCCCCUACCAGGUGCAGCCCCAUUCUCUCCUUUUAUUCCUCAAAGUCGUUGUCUGUGCCUGAGACUUACGAUGAUUUUUUCUCAGAUUUUGUGGUUGGGAAUCUUUUCUUUCCUUCUGUACAAGAUCAGACAGUUCCCAUUCCCAUCUUCUCUUCCUCACGCUCAGUGGUAAGAGAUAUGGUGUUCCCUGAGGCGGAGGAAAUGAUUGAGUCAGAUUUUGAAGACAAUAAUUGCCCAAUACGGGUCAUGACUCGCUUUAGCAAUCAGCAAGAAAGUUCUACAGAUCCCUCAGGAACACCAAACCUUUUCUUUUUUGCAAGCCAGAGAAGAAACUGGAGAAGUCUAUUGUCUCUGAGAAGAAUCAGCUUCAUAGGCAAAGGGAGUACAUGGUGCCAGAAAGUUAGCUCGUGGAUUUUCCCAAGCGAAGCAAAACAGGUGAUAUCUUAUGGCUCAAGAGCUCAGCCAGUACCACAUCUCCACUUGGAGACCCAGCACUUUCAACAUUGUGCAGAACAGCAGAAUUAUAUGCAUCACACUGCUCUUAAAAGAGAGGGUCUCCUCUUUUCUAUUAAGCAAGCAGAUAUGUGCCUAGUCUGCAUUGCUUUUGCUUCUUGGGUCCUUAAAUCAUCAAAUCCACAAUCUACAGACAUGUGGAAAGCAGCUCUGCUGGCAAAUGUAAGUGCAUUGUCUGCCAUCCAAUACUUGCGGAAAUAUGAGAAAAAGGAAGGAACUGAAGAUGAUCCAUGAUAUCCACUCAGACUGCUUUACAGGAAUUUAUCUCAAGGGGCCAAUAUAAAACUUUAAGGGUUAAUUUGCACAAGUUCAUGGCGAUAACUAUUUUUUUGUAGAUUUACCUUAUUCACACAGUGUAAUAACACAAUUCCAACACACACAACCCAGUCACACAAGUCUGUCAAAAGGCAGCCUCAAAAGCGACAUAGAGAAAUAUUUUACUUUGUACUAUUUAUGAUCAAUGUUUCACAAACAUUUGCUCAGUUUAAAAACAGAUAUUGCUUUGGAUAUUAGAUUGGUAUAUGGACCAGAUGAGGACACUGGUAAGUUUUGUGUCAGUGAUAUUCUAAACUGAUGAUGUGUUAAACAUUGGGAAGUUGUGUACUAAACAGAACGAAAAGCGAUGUGGUAGGGAAGGUUAAUGGGAAACCUCAGAAAGAAAUAGUAAUUGUUCCAUCAUUUUCAAUAAAAUAAUGACAUGUUUUUCAUUCAGUAUUAAGAACAGGAGUUGGUUCUAGUUUUUUUUGUCUAGUAAACUAUAUUAUGGCAACCUGACCACUUUUCAUGUCACACACAAUUCCUGGAAUUUGUUUUUUAUUUAGUCAUUACAAUUUUAGAAACCCUGAUGAUGUUUUUCUUUAACUUUCUGAGCCAGACGACAAUCAUAAUCAUUCAUUCAUACAUUCAUUCAUUCCUUCCUUCCUACUCAGUCAACAAUGUCACUUUCAAUAUGGCUUGGCAAGACAGCAAUCAGCACUUAAAAUUACUGAACAGAAUGCAGUGAAAUGUAUGAAAU